UCUGCUCUUCUAUCCAUUAGAUACAUGACGAUAAUGUAAACAAAUUUCGUGUGUUAGAUAUUUAUGGGAACCUUGCUUUCUUCGCUCAGUUCCCUUCAAUGUUUUUGAUGUUCUUAUCAGAAGUUUUGAUGCUUUGUGUUCUCCCGAAGUUAUGAAUAAAGAAGGAUUUCUUUCUAGCAUCUCUUCAUGCUAUUUAGGUUAGGGUUCAUCGUUGCUGCCUCCGUUGCAGCAUAUGCAGUGAAGCAGGCAAAUUGUCCAAAGCCACCGGCGUUAAAUCCUUCAGAGAAUGACAAGGGAGAGGAAGAGCCAGAAUUGCUUGAGAAGGCACAAACAGAGCAGCAAGGAAAUGCUAGGUUCUGCCAAACAACGGAAGAGGAAAAAGAAGAGGAACAUGUCAAGACUAUCAGCGGUGUAAUAAACGCACCGCAGAUCAAUUUAAUUCCUUCAGGCGUUGAAGAUGAUGAGGAAUUUUUGCCUGAGUUUGAGAGCCUUCUUUUUGGAGAGAUGGAGGUUCCAGUAUCCAGUGUCAAGUAUGAUAUAAAGCCUAAUUUAGAGUUUGAUACAGAGAAGGCAAACUAUGCUUCUGAACUAGAGACUCUUCGAAACUUAGUAAAGGAAUUGGAAGAGAGGGAAGCGAAGCUAGAAGGAGAGUUGCUGGAGUGCUAUGGCUUAAAAGAGCAGGAAAAAGAUGCUGCUGAGUUGCAAAAACAGUUUAAGAUCAAGAAUGUAGAGAUAGACAUGCUCAAUGCCGCUGUUAACUCUUUGCAGACCGAGAGGAAGAAGCUUCAGGAAGAGAUUACAAAGGGCAAUGAGGCCAAAAAAGAACUGGAGGUUGCUAGAAACAAGAUUAAGGAGCUGCAAAGGCAAAUCCAGAAUGAUGCUAACCAAACUAGAAUGCAACUGCUCCUGGUCCUGAAACAGCAGGUUACCAGUCUCCAAUCCAAGGAGCAGGAUGCCACUAAAAAGGAUGCAGAAGUGCAGAAGCAGCUCAAAGAUCUUAAAGAGCUUGAGGUCGAAGUUGUAGAGCUUAGGAGGAAGAACAAGGAGCUUCAGCUUGAGAAGAGAGAGCUCGUUGUAAAGUUGGACGCUGCUGAGGCUAGAGCAGCAACAGUUUCAGAUGUUCCGGAGAGCGAGCAAGUCAACAAGGAAUGGGAGGAGAUCAAACGUUUGAGGCAUGCCAAUGAAGACCUUAUCAAGCAAGUGGAAGGCCUACAGAUGAACAGAUUCAGCGAAGUAGAGGAAUUGGUUUACCUUCGCUGGGUUAAUGCCUGCUUGAGAUAUGAACUAAGGAAUUAUCAAAAGCCAGCGGGCAAGACCACAGCUCGUGAUCUCAGCAAGAGCUUGAGUCCGAAGUCCAAGGAAAGGGCCAAACGGUUGUUGCUAGAGUAUGCUGGAUCUGAACGAGAUCAGGGAGACACUGAUUUCGAAAGUUUAUCAUCCAUGCCAUCAUCUCCUGGAAGCGAAGAGUUUGAGAAUGCCUCUAUGGAUAGCUCUUCCAGCAGAUUCAGUUAUUUAAGUAAAAAGCCAGGCCUUCUCCAAAAGAUGAAGAGAUGGGGCAAGAGCAAGGAUGAUAAUGUCUUGGCCUCGCCAACUCUGUCUCAAGGGGCAGUUUCACCAAUGCGGAGCAGCGCCAGCUUCGGGUCAUCUGCUCCCCGGGGUCCAUUGGAAGUUCUGAUGCUUAGGAAUGCUGGAGAUGGCAACUCCAUUACUACAUAUGGGAAAAAUGAUGAAGAUCAAAUUGAGCACUUGAAUGAACAUAACUUGCCACCAAUUAGAGCACGGGUUGAUUCAAAUGACUCAUUAAAUAGUGUUGCUGCUUCGUUUCAGCUGAUGUCCAAGUCUGUUGAAAGUCUGGCUGACGAAAAAUACCCUGCAUUUAAGGAUCGCCACAAAUUAGCAAUGGAGCGAGAGAAAAUGAUCAAGGAGAAGGUUGAUCAAGCACGAGCAGAACGAUUUGGUGGAGAGUCAGCUCGUUUUAGUAUGAACUAUGAGUUCAGAGCUAUGGGGGAUAAGGAGAAGCCUGUAAUAUUGCCACCAAAGCUUGCUCUGAUAAAGGAGAAAGUUGGACCUUUAGGUGGAAGUGAACUUAGUGAGUCUGAUGAGAACAAGAUUAUUAGCCCAGUAGUUAGCAAGAUGAAACUGGCAGAGAUCGAGAAGAGGCCUCCAAGGGUUCCUAGACCACCUCCCAAAUCGUCAAGGAGUGUUGCUAGUACUGAUAACAAAACUGUCAAAACAUCAGGUGCUGCUCCAUCUCCACCAGAGGCACCUCCACCAUUACCACCUGGUCUACCUCUGCCGCCGCCGCCACCACCUCCGUUAGGUGUAGCACCAAGGCCUCCUCCUCCUCCAGGAAGCAUAUCAAAAGGUUCAAUUGGUGGGGAUAAAGUUCACCGGGCCCCUGAGUUGGUCGAGUUCUACCAGUCAUUGAUGAAACGUGAAGCCAGGAAGGAGCUCACCUCUAUUCCUUCCACAAACUCCACUGCAGUCGAUGCCAGAAGUAACAUGAUUGGAGAGAUCGCUAACAAAUCAUCAUUCCUUUUGGCUGUGAAAGCUGAUGUGGAGACACAGGGUGAUUUUGUCCAGUCAUUGGCAAAUGAGGUUCGGGCAGCUUCCUUUACAAAUAUAGAUGAUCUUGUUGCCUUUGUGAACUGGCUGGAUGAAGAGCUCUCGUUUUUGGUUGAUGAAAGAGCUGUUCUUAAGCACUUCGAUUGGCCAGAGGGAAAAGCUGAUGCUUUAAGAGAGGCAGCAUUCGAGUACCAAGAUCUGAUGAAGCUGGAGAACCAGGUGUCAUCUUUUAUUGAUGAUCCUAAGCUUCCAUGUGAAGCUGCUCUUAAGAAGAUGUAUUCUUUGCUUGAGAAAGUGGAGCAAAGUGUCUAUGCGCUUCUACGUACUCGUGAUAUGGCUAUAUCACGUUACAGGGAAUUUGGAAUUCCAACAGAUUGGUUGUCAGAUUCUGGAAAUGUUGGCAAGAUCAAACUUGCAUCUGUUCAGCUUGCAAAGAAGUACAUGAAAAGGGUAGCUUCAGAGCUUGAUGCUCUGAACAACACAGAGAAAGAACCAAAUAGGGAAUUUUUGCUCCUGCAAGGAGUGCGAUUUGCUUUCCGAGUUCAUCAGUUCGCCGGAGGAUUCGAUUCGGAGAGUAUGCGAGCUUUUGAAGAAUUAAGAGGCCGCAUAAACAAGCAGAAAAGUGAAGAUAUGGUCGAGCAAGGGUAGGUUGCUUUGGAAUUUCUUUCGCAAGCUGACAGAAGUCCAUGUAAAGGAGAUGAAAUAUUUUAGUUACAAAAAGCUUGAAGUUCAGAAAAUCUUUAAAUUACUUAUAUACUCUAGUAAAAUUCUCAUUUACAUCAUCACGCAUACCUUUAAUGGUGAAGGAAAAUUUUUAUUA